AUGAGCAAAUACAUACUCGUUUCAAUGACACGCACGUCAAUCAAAAUAAUUUAUUUGACAUUAUUAUGGACUCUAACCUGCCCUUUCCUACAAUGUUUCUCUCCGCCGAAUCCAUUAAAUUACAUAGCUCUUUUGACAAGCAUUCAAUCACUUCAAGCUUUUUCAUUACAAGUCUCCGAAGAGAGCUACGACAAAGUAAACGAAGCACUUCGAAACAAUCCUGAUCUGUUAAAACAAUUAAUUGCUCAAUCUGGAAGUUCAAAGUCAAAAUUGUCACCGUUACCUCAGGGAGUUAAGUUAAUGAAUGGAAUUUCAAGCAUUUUUCCUCGUUUUGGUACAGGAAUGUAUUCCGUUAAAAAUCCUGUAACCGUAGCACUCCCGAAAAAAUUUAUAUCUAAUGGUCAGACAUAUGUAUUGACUAAUAGAUUAGAGAGACUUGGAAAUUUCUUCAAAAAAGUAGCUUCAGGAAUAAUAUCGCCAAUAUCAAGUUCAUUUAAUUAUUUAAAAAAUGCGGGACGAAAUCAAGGAGUUCUACCAAAUAUACUAAAAUCGAUUUCAAAUAGAUUAAAGAUUGGAAAUGGAAAUGAAGAAGAUAAAGAAGGAGAAGCAGAAGAAGAAGAAGAAGAAGAAGAAGAAAGACCGAAAAAAUCUAAAAAAAAGAAGACUAAAAAAAAAAAAAUAGGUAAAAAAAAAGGUACAACCAAGAAGAAAGCAGAAGAAGAAAUAGAAGAAGAAGAAGAAGAAGAAAAAAAGGAAGAAGAAGAAGAAGAUGAAGAAGAACAACCAAAUAAAUCCCCAAAAAAAGGUUCAAAAAAGAAGAAAGCAGAAGAAGAAGAUGACGAAGAAGAAGAAGAACAACAACAACAACCAAAUAAAUCCCCAAAAAAAGGUUCAAAAAAGAAGAAAGCAGAAGAAGAAGAUGAUGAAGAAGAAGAAAAAGAAGAAGAAGAAGAAGAAGACGAAGAAAGCCCAAAAAAAUCUAAAAAAAGAGACUCGAAAAAGAAGAAAGAAGAAAGUGAUGAAGAAGAAGAAAAAGAAGAAGAAGAAGACGAAGAAAGCCCAAAAAAAUCUAAAAAAAGAGACUCGAAAAAGAAGAAAGAAGAAAGUGAUGAAGAAGAAGAAAAAGAAGAAGAAGAAGACGAAGAAAGCCCAAAAAAAUCUAAAAAAAGAGACUCGAAAAAGAAGAAAGAAGAAAGUGAUGAAGAAAAAAAAAAAGAAGAAGAUGAAGAUGAAGAUGAAAAAAAAGAAAAAGAUAGCGAAGAAAAUGAUGAUGAAGAAAAAGAUAACGAAGAAAAAGAAAAAGAUGACAAAGAAAAAGACGAAAAAGAAGGAGAUGAAGACGAAAAAGAAGAAGAGGAAGAAGAAGAAGAAAAACCAAAUAAAUCUAAAAAAAAAGAUUCGAAAAAGAAGAAAGAAGAAAGUGAUGAAGAUGAAGAUGAAGAUGAUUAA